GACCACAGCGCCGACGCGUUCCGACUUGCACGUUGUCUCUAAAAAGAUAGCAACUCUCGCGGCCCGGUUGUCAGUCUCGUUGCGGUCGUUCUGCUAUUCGUACACUUUAAAGACGGGCGUCGAAGCCCCCUCCCCACCCCAAUCGUCUUCCUCGUUUGAUUUUCGUCUCUUUUUCUUCUUGUUAUUCGUCUCUUCUCCUCUCUGUCUGGCGGAGUCCUCGAACGCCACGGCACUUUCUCUUUUGGCUCGUCCUCGAGUGUGGCACACACAGACAAGUCAUCCAUCUCUUCUAUUUUUUUUUUCCCUCCCAAUUCGUUUUUAUUCCUCUUCUGUCCGUCUUCCAGACUUGUUUCUUUCAUUCGCUCCCUCUUUCCUUCCUUCCUUUGCUAUUUGUUCCAGUACGCCAACGACGGCAGUGACGACCGACGUUCUCGUUCUCUCUGUGUGAUUUGUAUAACGAGGAAGAAGAGCACAAGAAAACGAAAGUACAGAAUACAAGAAGAGACGAAAAAAAACAAACAAAACAACUCGAUAGCAAAAGUCAAACACACACACACACAUUGGCCAAGUAAAACGAACGAGAAAAAAGCAAUCGGUGUUGAUUCUCGUGCACAUUUGAGGCGCGAAAAAAAAAAUGGGCCCUUUGAACGUUGGCAAAUUGUGUUUUCCGCAAAUCGUGGCUUUGUAAUCGAGUGCGACUAUUUCUCUUCUCCUCUCUGAUCUAGUUGCUCUUGUUAACGUGCGCCGCCUCCUCUUAUGUGUCUGUGUUCGUGUGUGUGGCGUGUGGCGUGUCGGUGCCGGUGUAGUAGUGUGUGUGUGCCUGGGUGCACUGGGUGAUGCCAGAGCGGCUUUUCUGUGUAUACACUUUGAUCCACUUGACGCGCCGGCCCGUCGUUUUCGGAUGUAGCAGGCACGAGUCAAGAAAAUAAAAUUUUUGAAAGCAAAAUACGGAGACAACUAAAACGAAGCAUACAAGCAAACCAAGAGUGGACGGGUUAACAACAAGAAGAAAAUAGGAAAAUAAAAAAAAGACAUGUUGACUUGGUUUCGGCGUGCGACAUGGUAGCCAGUUGUCAGUGCUGACUGCUCAUUCGUCCCUUCUGCUGGCUGUCGUUUUCAACAUUCAACCGCACAAUCCAACGGACAAGCCGUCGUCGACUAGUCGGACGCAUUCGACUUUGUCGCCCUUUUUUUUGUGUGUGUUGCUGGUUCUCAUUUUACUUCACACACAGAAGACAGGCCUCUGUUGGUUUGUGUUGGUCGUGUUAAACCUACGGGCCUUCCCAUAAAACCCGAUUAAGGAAUCCCGCUCCGGUUAGAGAGCGGAAGCUGGAUGGAUUUGCCGAUCCAACAUUACAAGGAGAACGGCGCCGAAGAGCAGCUACAACAGUCGUUAGCCAUGCGGACCGAGUGGGAACCUUGUCUAGCGCAUCAUCCACCGCUCCAGAGCUUCGGCUGUGACGCCGAGUUGGCCGAGCGAGGAGGAGGACCGCCCCCUCCGCCACCACCUUCCAAGCGCCGUUUUCGCAGUCCCACUUCGCGCAAUAAACCUAACGACAGUGCGACUUGCGCCACCAUGGACGACCGGCACGGAAAGAUGCGGGAAACGCUCAUGGAUCGUCAGGUUCAAAAGGCCGGAGGUCUUUUAGGCGUGACUUCACGCGGACUCUUGAUUCUAGGCCUUCUUUUGGUGUUCAUCCUGAUCCUACUCGUUAUUAUCGUUGUUCUGGCCGCCUUAUGGCCUCGCACUGCGGCACAAGAGGCACCUAAAGUCUGUGACACGCCAGCGUGCUUACGAGCCGCCGCCCAGGUCAUCGGCAGUAUGGAGAAUCACACGUCGCCGUGCACCAAUUUCUGGAACUAUGCCUGCCACAGCUGGUUAGUUUCCAAUCCGCUGCCGCCGUGGGCCAGCAAGUGGAGCAUUCGCGAAGAACUCGCCCAUCGAGCGCACGAAGAAAUGAGGAAACUGAUCGAGACGAUGCCCCAUCCUACGCGAGUCGACUCGUUAUCUUGGAAGCUCAAGUACUUUUACGAAUCGUGCACCGCUCUCGAGCACAUUGUCGUCCCCGAGCAGAAACUCAUCCGCAUCAUCGAUCAAAUGGGUGGCUGGGGAGUUCUGCGGAGUUUUUCCGUCUAUUCGUGGAACUUCCGCAUGGUCCUGCGUCGGCUGCAUGCCGAGUACGGUGUCAACGCUUUCUUCCGCGUCGACGUUGUCGCUCAUCCCAACUUUCCCGACAAGAGCAUCGUCAGAAUAUCGCCUGAUGGACUAGGACUUCCCGACCGGAACUAUUACUAUCGUGAACCUGACCAUGCGCCAGAUGUACCAAGGAGGCGGCUGUCGCAGCCCGGGACGAUCAACACCUACAAAGUGUUUCUGAAAGACGCCGUUCAAUUGCUGGGAGCGACCAGCAUGGAAGCCACUAAAUUCGCCGAGGAAGUGUUCCACUUCGAGAAGCGCAUCGCCGAACUGACGCCCAACACCGAGGAUAUUAUUAAUCCCGUCAAGAGCAUACAAAUCCUGAACGUGGCCGAUCUGCAGCGCCAGUCAUUCUCCAUACCGUGGCUGGAAAUCCUGCGAGCCAUUUAUCCGACGACCGUUUUCGAUGACUCCACUGAAUUGCUGAUCACGUCACCAGAUUACUUGAAAGACAUUUCUUCCAUCGUUUCUUCAUCCGAUCGAAGCACUCUCAACAACUACCUGAUGUGGAGGCUGGCACAUAAUUACCUACCGUAUUUAUCGCGCGAGUACUGGGAAGUGCUAGAUAUUCACAAACGAGAUACCCUGGGUACGAAUAUAGGCGCCUACUUCUUACUUAAAAGUGCCAAGGAAUCGGUGGACCGCUGGGAAAUGUGCAUCGUGACGACGCAGAAAUACUUCCGCUUAGCUAUGGGUUCCAUUUACUCAAAGAACAAUGUAGCCCUUAAGGACAGCCGCAACGGAGUAGCGAUCAUCUACGAAUCGUUGAAGAACGGCUUGGCUAGCAGCUUGUCUGGUAGCUCGCUGUACAGUCCCAGUCUGAGGUCGAGAGCUCUUGAAAAGCUGAUGACGUUGAGCGUUCAAGUCGGUUACCCGGAGCAGGUGUUGGCUUCAUCCUACCUGGACGAUUUUUACACGGCCAUGAGCGUCCAAGUCAACGAUUUUUUGGGCAAUAUUCUUUACGGCGUCCACUUUUUACGCAAAGUAGAGGAACGCGUCUUGCUCAAUCCACUGCCCGAACACAAAUGGCUGGCUUACCUCUCCAGAGAUACAAUCACAUACGUCCCCGAAUCCAAUCGAAUCAUCAUACCAGAGCAUCUUCUUCUUCCACCGUUCUACAACGUCAAUUAUCCACAACCAAUCUUGCUAGGAUCACUUGGUGUGCAGCUGGCUGUAGCCAUGGUAGCGUCCAUCAGUCAACACGGCGUUCUUUACGACGGCCAGGGUGUCUUGAUCGAUCGUGAGUCCACCAUCGGUAACGAUUCGCUUUCAUUGACAAACAACCAGCGCAAGUGUCUGGUGGAUGCACUGCACCAGAAGAAGGUCGACGACGAAGACUUCCUCAGACGCACCGUAUUCGAAACCCUUGUGCAACUAGCCGGUGUCCGACAGGCACUCAAGGUCGUGACCAAUCCCAGCAUUGAGCAACGGAGGACUGAGUACAAAGCUCUCGAAUUCCUUACUCAUACGCAGCUAUUCUUUGUUGCUUACGCCCAGUCGAUGUGCUCCCACACGACUCUCAAACACAGAGACAUGGAGAGGUCGACCACAUUCCGCCUUGGCGACGAAGAAAUGUUACGAGCGACCAUGCUGCAAAUGCCUGAAUUCACGGAGGCGUUCAUGUGCAAUUCGACGUCACAGCUGCACCACGGAAAGGUGUGCGGGCGAAUCAUUUAAAGCGCCAUGCACAAAUGGGAAUCCAUCGAUCCAUAAACAUAAAACUCCAAAAAACGAAUCAAUUUAGGUAGUGAAAAACAAAACGCAGGAGUUUAAGCGAAGUUCACAUAUUAUAAGGGAAGCGAAUGUGGCGUGAAUUUUUGUAGCAAUACGAAUGACAAGGGUGUGUACUUAAACGCUGAUUGCGUAAUUUUAUUUUUAUUUAAUUUUUUUUUCAUUUUCUUGGAAAAGGGGGGGGGGACUAAUAAAUACAAUUAUAAGACGCGCCUAAACGAACGGAGAACCGUCCGGCAUCCUCUCCUGAUCAUCCUCAAUCCGUAACUGAUAUGUUAUCAUUGUUGUGUAUGCUGUGACGUUUCAAACGAAAUCACUCGAGGAGGGGUAAAACGCGCCAAUUUUGAAUUCCAUCUUUAAAUGAUUAUUAUAGAGUAAAAAACUGUUGAGUGUGCGAGUUGUUUGUUUCGCAACACCGUAUUAAAGAAAAGAGUUUUAAAAAAUGAAAAAAAAG